UCCAAUCCAGACAAUACCGUUUUUUUUUUUUCUGCAUGUACUCCAUUAGUUUAUUAUUCUAGCUUUCAGAAAUUGUGCUGGAUCUUUAAAUUGGGCGACAAAAGAGACGGGGUACACGUCAUCAAACCUGACAGUCAAUCAGCAUUUGACGUCUUCUGCGACCAAACAACAGCAGGUGGAGGAUGGACAGUCUUCCAAAGAAGAAUCAGUGGUUCAGUCGAUUUCGACCUCAACUGGACCGAUUAUAAGCAUGGCUUUGGAAAUUUCAGCGCUGAAUUUUGGCUUGGCUUGGACAAGAUUCAUCGCCUGACCUCAGAUAAUAACAGCGUGUUGCGAGUAGACUUGGAAGACUUCGACGGGAGGACUGUUUACGCCGAGUACAGCUUGUUUGGUGUCAGGAGUGAACUUGACAAGUACCGUUUAAUCCUUGGUUCUUACACAGGAACCGCUGGUGACUCCUUCUCUUACCAUAACGGCUGGCCAUUUUCUACUCCGGAUCAAGAGAAUGACUUCAACCCCACUGGAAACUGUGCCAUUGAGUUCGAAGGAGGCUGGUGGUUUAAGUGGUGUCACAGGGCUUUCUUAAAUGGUCCUUAUAUACGUGGGCCCAACUCUAAAUUCGCCGAAGGCAAUAUUUGGGAACAUUUUCGAGGUGUUCACUAUUCACUGAAAAGCUCUCAGAUGAAAAUAAGACCGCGAGACUUUUGAACCACUGAACUGCACUUGCUCUUACGUAGCAUGAAUUUUGUACAAAAGCUUUUUUUUAACAAAGUAGAUGGUUAAAUUCAGUAUUAUUAGCGAUGUAAAACCACAGGUGAAAAAUCAGAGCACUCCUAUGAAUAUAAGACUGCAACAGUACACGGAGUCAUUCAGUAUUUUAAGCGACAUAGGGGAU